UCUAACCUUGACUUUCAUGUUUUGUUUGCAGUCAUUAUAGGACUAAAAAAUAUGUCUUUAAUAAUAUUUAAUAAUUCUCAAUUCUUGAUAAGCUCCAAAUUGCAGAAAGUCAAAAAAUUCUAUUCUAUAAAUGUUCGUAGUCAUUUUGAUAUAAUUAUUGCAGGAGGUGGAAUGGUUGGAACAACACUUGCUUGUGCCUUAGGAAAAAAUAGUCGACUGGCAAAUAAAAAAGUGUUAUUAUUGGAAGGGAGCUCAAAAAAGCAUUGGAAAUUGCCCGAGAACUAUAGCAAUCGUGUUGUCUCAAUCAAUCCAGGUACUCAUAAGCUUCUGAAUGAUAUAGGCGCAUGGAAAUUUAUUGAAAAAUUAAGAUUUACUGCUGUUAAAAGAUUGGAGGUUUGGGAUGCAAUAUCUGAUGCCCACAUUACAUUUGGUGAUUCAGAAGAAGACAAUGUUUCAUAUGUAGUAGAAAAUGAUGUAAUUCUGCAGUCAGUGAGUGAAGAAAUCAAGAAUGUACCAAAUGUUAAUGUCAUGUAUGACUCCAAAGUGAAAAAAUAUGACUUGCCAAUACUUACAGAAAAUGUGGUGACUGUAACUAUGGACAAUGAUGAUGUGUUCACUUGUGAAUUAUUGUUGGCAUGUGAUGGGGUGCAAUCCUUAGUACGAAAGUCUAUGAAGACCGAUUACCUGUCAUGGAGUUAUAACCAAAUGGGUGUUGUAGCUACACUGAAAUUAAGUGAUGAAAUCAAAAAUGAAAUAGCUUGGCAAAGGUUCUUACCUACGGGACCAAUUGCCUUGUUGCCUUUGACAGCUGAUCAGAGUUCUUUGGUAUGGUCUACCACUCCAGAGCAGGCAAAGUUACUCUUGAACCUCAGAGAAGAGGAAUUUGUUGAUGAGCUUAACAAAGCCAUUUGGCAGAAGUAUGAUCACCAUAGUGUCAUUCAACAGGCUUCAAGUCUCUUUGACACAUUAUUGCGCUUUUUAAACUGCCCAUCCGGCGGAAUUCGCCAAAUUCCUCCAAAGAUUUGUGGAAUAAUAAAGGAAUCCAGAGCUGCAUUUCCAUUGGGAUUUGGUCAUUCUGCGCAAUAUAUUGGACAAGGUGUGGCUUUGAUUGGUGAUGCUGCUCACAGAGUUCAUCCGUUAGCUGGGCAAGGCGUCAAUCUCGGAUUUGGUGAUGUUGUAUGUUUAAAUGAAAUAUUAGGUGAAGCUAACAUUUCUGGCGCAAAUUUGAAUGACAUGAGUUACUUGAAAGAUUAUGAAACAAAAAGACAACAGCAUAAUGUCCCAACCAUGCUCGCCGUUGAAAGUUUGCAUAGACUAUAUAAUACUGAGUUUACACCUGUGGUUCUCUUGCGGAGUUUAGGAUUACAAGCCACUCACGUCAUAGAACCUCUUAAGAAAGCAAUUAUUUCACAAGCCGCUGUCUAGCAUCUUCUUAUACCAAACGUUGAAAAGAGGUAUUGCAUGGCUGUGUUCAUAAAAGGAUGCUGCAUCAUUGAACCGAAAAUAGAGUCCCAAAUCACUGAUUUUCAUAAGCAAUAGUAUAUCUUACAAAUUACAGUUAACAUGAACUAAAUGCUUGAAUUAUUAAAUAAUUUUUUGACUUCUAACUUGAAUGUAAAUAUGUACUAUGGAAUAAACUAGCCAACUUAAUUACAAUUGACCACUAUGAAUACUCUGUUUUUAGAAUAUUUUCUCUACUCCCUCCUCUAAAAUACACAAUUAUGGGCUCAUCAACAAACGGAAUGUGAAGUUAAGAGGUCAGCUUUGUUACUCACUGUCGCCAGAAAAUUCGAAGAUAUCCUGUAUUUUAGUUACCGGUUUUGGAGGCCCAGAUAUUUUCGGUACAAAAAGUAAAGUUUGCAACACAUUA